AUGGCGUUCCUCAAGAACCUUCUCCGUCUCUUCUCCCGCUUCGCCCACCUGAAGCAGAAGUCCCUUUCUCGCUUCUCUUCUUCACGAAGAGAAGCCACCAAUGCCAGCAAGCCCAAAGCUGGCCAUCGUGACGGCACGACUACUCCGGAUCGAUGGAUCCGAGAGUACACGGCCGAGAUGCAGGCCGGGAAGCAAAUCGAGCAUCAUCAAAGGCUCGUUACCUCCCGGCUGCGAUCCUUCCAAGACCUCUUCGACCAGCCAGGGCCAUCCAAUCCAUGGUUCCUCGGCGACAUCAUCGAGUGCGAGGAAGAACUCGAGCGGCUCCAUCGAGAGAUGGCCGCUCACCGUGCUCGGGUCAUCGAACUCGAGGCCCACCGACCUCCCCGCUGCAAGGCCUACAAAUAG